AUGAAUAUAACAGCGCUAACUUUAUAUUUGUUUCAAUUGGUCGUGCUGACAAUUGGGUUGACAUCUGCCAGUUCCACAAGCAGCACAGGCAGUGGAACAAACACAAAGAACUUACCAAAUUUAGUGAGUGUUCGCACAACCAGCACCAGCGAGUCGCAAACAUCGACCUCAUCUAUAACUUCGUCUACUACUACUGGUUCUUCAUCAAUUUACUCUUCUGCAUUGUACUCAUCUAAUUCCACUACUACGUCGUAUAGUUACUCACUUGGAAUUCCACUAACAAACCAUAAUAAGUACAUAUCGGUGCCAACGGACCCGGAAGGGACUGUAUACAUUGCAUUUGGUGUAAUAUUAGGUGUUGCUUUUCUACUAAUAAUUUUGAUCUGGGCCAUUCUUCAAUUCAACUCAUUCAGAAACACCAAGGCCUGGGAUUCUGAUCAAGAUGGCAACAUCCAUACCAUGGAUCUAGAAAAGACUUUCCAGAAUAAUAUAAAUUAUAACAAUGUCUACAGUUCCAGUAACUUAGCAUUAACUAAUUCCCAAGAUGCAUGUAGCAACUCGAGUGGCAGUCCAAACACCAACUCAAGUGUCUCUGACAGCAAUAACAGCAUGUCAGAUAACAUUGAUUUUGAGUCAGAUAUGACAGAGAAGGUUCUUAGAGAGAAAAUGAUGGAGAACAAAUUCACUUUGAAUGCAAGAGAUACAAUGUUCAUCUCCCCAACUGAACUGUUCACGCAGACAGGAAAACCAUACAACUUCCAAGCCAUUCCAGAUAAUGGCAGUGAACUCAACUUACAAAUAGAACAAACAAUGAUCAGUCCAAUAAGAGAUGUCUCGAAGACAAACAGUGUUUAUGGUAAUAACUUUCAAAAUUAUUCAUUAUCUCAAACUGACUUCCAAAGCAAGCCAAAAAAAUUCAGACCGCCAUCAAUGCAUCUAGAGGACCUCCUCAAUAAUUCAUAG